CUAGGUGCGUGCACGCCCGCCGCCCGCCCCAGGAACGCCGCGGCAGUUGGCGGACGCAAGAAUCCCCCUGCGAGAGCCGCAGAAGUCGCCGGACGCGGGGCCUGGAUGCGGCUGCGCCGACGAGUGCGAUGCUUUCGGGCGGGUGGCGAAGGAGGAAGUAUUGCGCUUCCAUAUAUGGCUCUUGAGAAGGCAAGCGAGUUCACCACUGUGAUUCUGAAAUGCGGAACGUGCCCUGCCAAACUGCGCGUGCUGCCAUGGGCACGCUCCCCGGAUGCGGCCUGGAGGUCGAGACCGUGUCAAUGGCGAGGAGCGGUAUUGCGCGAUACACCGUAUGCCUAUUCCGACAAAGCAGCGCUGACGGCCGGACGCAGUGCGUAGAUGCUGUCGGCGUCGCCUCGCCUCGUCUGCCUUCCCCGCCCUGCGCGGAGCAGAUGAUCAAUGUCGUGAACCCAGUUCGCUGUCGUCAAGAUGCGCUACACAUGUGCUGCCUGCCCCAGCGUUCCCACCGUCUGCGUCAUAGCAGUCUACAUCAGGAGGCCUCAGUGCGCCCGGUUGCUGUAGACGUCCCUUUCGAACGGUGGUUCGGACGGUUUCCCCUCCCCUGCAUACACAGGGAAGAUGAUGCACAACGCGAUGAACACCGAUCGGUGCGGCCUCACUCGCGGACUCGCACUCGCACUCGAACGCGGAACAGUCGAACAGGCUCGCCUGGGUCCGCAGCUCGCAGAGCAUGUCGCGCAUGCUGUAUCGCUCUCCUCGUGACCAAGUCCGCCCCGCAGGGAGCAGCCCACUUCCGAUGGCCACGCCCCGCCUCGUGGCUACUCGCCGCCCCUCACCCCGCCCGGGUCAACUCGACGUGACGGCUUCCCCGCGCCUGCGAUCGUUCACCGAUCAUCGAUCGCCGGCCCACACGGCCGCUGGGUCUGCGCGGAGAACGCACAGUGCUCGUUGCGCGUGUGUAAUCACAUCUGCUCUCCAGGCCAGAUUCUGUGGGGAGCGAGAGCGGGCGCGAGCGAGUGUCAUGGCAGCGGCUGCCAGUCGUUGUACGACAGAACGGCACUGCGACGGUCACGGUGUGCCAGUGUGCUAACUUAGCGGACUAGUUACUGCGUCCGGCACGGCUCGCGUCGGCGCGGAACUCUAUCGGCUGA